CUGAAUGAAGUGUACUUGCUCUCAACCUUCAAACUACAGCCAAAGAGCACAGCCACCGUUUUUGGCCUGUAUUCAUCAGCUGACAACAGCAAGCAUUUUGAAUUUACGGUAAUGGGACGGAUGAGUAAAGUGGUGCUGCGCUAUCUGAAGAGUGAUGGAAGGUUGAAUUCCGUGAUCUUUAGCAACAUCCAGCUGGCUGAUGGGAAGCCUCAUGCUGUCAUCUUGUGGCUGAGUGGUCUGCAGCAGGGAUUGAGCACGAUAGAGUUGUAUCUGGACUGCCUGCAAGUAGGUGCCAUUGAGGACCUGCCAAAACCAUUUUCAAUGCUGUCUCAGAAGUUGGUGAUGGUUGAGUUGCGCAUUUUCCAGGAGAAACCACAGGAUACACUAGAUGAGCUGAAGCUGGUAAUCGGAGGAACCGUUGCCGAAGUGGGGAACCUGCAGGAUUGUUUUCUUCAACAAAUUGAGCCUGUACCUCAGUACACUGGUGAUUAUAGUAGGCAGCUAAUGGGUCAGAUGAUGCAGAUGAACCAAAUACUGGCAGAUGUGAAAGACCUUCUCAGACAACAGGUCAAAGAAACAACAUUUCUGAGAAAUACCAUAGCUGAGUGCCAGGCAUGUGGUUUGGGAACUGUGAGUUUUCCAACUCAGCUUCCUAGGCGCCCUAAACCCAAAUGUGAAGUUAAUUCCUGCUUCAGGGGAGUGAGGUGCGUGGAGACAACAGAAGGAUUUCAAUGUGGGCCCUGCCCUGAAGGACUCACAGGAAAUGGAAUUACGUGCUCAGAUAUCGAUGAGUGCCGUUACAACCCUUGCUUCCCUGGAGUGCGAUGUGUGAACACUGCUCCAGGUUUCCAAUGUGAGACCUGUCCUCUAGGAUAUACAGGACAAACCAUGCAAGGGGUAGGAAUCAGCUAUGCCAAGAGCAAUAAGCAGGUCUGCUUAGACAUUGAUGAAUGUCAGAAUGGUGGACUUGGAGUCUGCGUUCCGAAUUCUCAUUGCAUAAACACUUUGGGGUCUUACCACUGUGGCCAAUGCAAACCAGGAUAUACAGGAGACCAAAUCAGGGGAUGCCAGGCUGAACGGAGCUGCAGAAAUCGAGCCCUCAAUCCAUGCAGCAUCCAUGCCCGUUGUAUUGAGGAGAGGAGAGGAGAGGUGACGUGUAUUUGUGGCAUUGGCUGGGCUGGUGAUGGUUAUAUUUGUGGAAAAGAUGUUGACAUUGAUGGCUACCCUAACGAAGAACUCUCAUGCACUGCUGAAAACUGCAGAAAGGACAAUUGCAGAUUUGUCCCAAACUCUGGACAAGAAGAUGCUGAUCGUGAUGGAAUUGGAGAUGCCUGUGACGAUGACGCAGAUGGAGAUGGCAUUCCCAACGAGCAGGAUAACUGUGUCUUGGCUCCCAAUAUUAAUCAGAGAAACAGUGACCAAGAUAUCUUUGGAGAUGCUUGUGACAACUGCCGCAAUAUCCUCAAUAAUGACCAGAGGGACACAGAUGGUGAUGGGAAAGGAGAUGCUUGUGAUGAUGACAUGGAUGGAGAUGGUAUUAAGAACCUUUUGGAUAAUUGUCAAAGGAUUCCCAAUGAAGACCAGGAGGACACGGAUAAUGAUGGUGUUGGUGAUGCUUGUGAUAGCUGCCCUACAGUCAGCAACCCAAACCAGUCAGAUGUUGACAAUGACCUGGUUGGAGAUUCCUGUGAUACCAAUCAGGACAGCGAUGGCGAUGGGCACCAGGACAGCACAGACAAUUGCCCUACCGUUAUUAACAGCUCCCAGCUAGACACAGAUAAGGAUGGGCUGGGUGACGAGUGUGAUGAGGAUGAUGACAAUGAUGGUAUUCCUGACCUCUUGCCCCCGGGCCCUGACAACUGCAGGCUGGUUCCCAACCCAGGGCAGGAAGAUGAUAAUGGUGAUGGAGUUGGAGAUGUCUGCGAGUCUGAUUUUGACCAGGAUACAGUGAUUGAUCAGAUUGAUGUGUGCCCUGAGAACGCAGAGAUCACAUUGACAGACUUCAGGGCCUAUCAGACCGUGGUGUUGGACCCAGAGGGGGAUGCGCAGAUUGAUCCCAACUGGGUGGUUCUGAACCAGGGCAUGGAAAUUGUGCAGACUAUGAACAGUGAUCCUGGCCUUGCUGUUGGUUACACAGCUUUUAAUGGCGUUGACUUUGAGGGCACUUUUCACGUGAACACAGUGACAGAUGAUGACUAUGCUGGCUUUAUCUUUGGUUAUCAAGACAGCUCUAGCUUUUAUGUGGUGAUGUGGAAACAGACAGAGCAGACGUACUGGCAAGCAACUCCCUUCAGAGCUGUUGCAGAGCCCGGCAUUCAGCUAAAGGCUGUGAAAUCCAAGACAGGUCCUGGCGAGCACCUCCGCAACUCCCUCUGGCACACGGGGGACACCAGUGAUCAGGUUAGGCUGCUGUGGAAGGAUCCCCGAAAUGUAGGGUGGAAAGACAAAGUCUCCUAUCGGUGGUUCUUGCAGCACAGACCUCAGAUUGGUUAUAUCAGACACCAUCCCAGAGGACUUUCAAGAAUUUCAAGCGCAGCAAUUUGGUGUUGGGGAUAUUUAAGAAGUAAAAGCAAACUAACAUUGCUAUUGCAAACAGUAAAACAAUAUAUUUUAAAUCCUUAUAUGAUCGUUGUUGUCUGAGUGCACACCACAGCUUUGUUCUCAUUGAUGUGACUAUGUCAGACUUUUUUUUGGUAUGAAAGAGAAAAUAAAAAGGAGACAAAAUAGACCUGGGCUUCACUUGUUUUCAAAUUUGUCCUAAAAUCUAGGGAGUAGCAUGUAAAUGGAGUGACACUUGCUUAAAACAUUCUCAGGAAAAGUUUGAAUCUAUUGCCUUUUUGGAUUCUGUAUUAAACACGGUGGGCCAGAAAGCAAAGCUUUGUCUACCUUGGAUGUGUUAGAAACAACAGGUUGCAUCUGGGCAUGAAGUGGUUCGGAGCUGUCUGGCCAAGCCAAGGGCUUCUUAGUUACUUUCCAGUCCUGCUAGGAAUAGCAUAUCUCCUUUAGUACAGUUAUUUCUGUAAAGGAGAUAGUAUCUCCUUUAGGGCAGUUUAAUACCUUUGGAGACCUGUUACCUUUAUCAGACCUCUUCUAAGAACUCUAUUAGGCCUCCCAGCCCUCCCACUUCCAGAAACUAUGAGUAACACUAUCGCAUCCAGU